CCCUUCUUAUCACUCUUGUCAAACUUAUUUCAUCGCAUGCUGUCACAGAGAGUCCAGCCUUGCUCCAUAGCAGUUUACUUCUAAGAGAAGAAAGCAGGAAUAAGAAGCGAAUAAGGGUUUUAUCCCACAGAUUAAGUUUGUGAUUGGGGGAUCGAUCGCAAUCUGGAGGAAUGGGUUUUGCUUUUUCCUUUGGGAGGAACAAAAUGAAGUUUUGAUAGAUUUUUCUUGGUUGGGAAUAGGAAAUGUAUUAUAUGAAGGGAGAGGGUUUUUAGCCUUGGAUCGAUCGUUGAAAGGAGAUUUUUGUGUUCUGGAAGGGAGACAUGGCUAUGAUGGAUAAAACUCGCAACCUUCUGGAGGGGUUCAUGGAGGGUCCCUUCAAAUGGGCUCUCAGUCGCCGAACUUCCUUUGAUGAGGAAUAUGAGGAGAUGGGCCGAUCCCCUUCUGGUAGAAGGAAGUGGAUUCCGGAGCUCUCUCAGAUGGCUAACGUGAUCGUCGGCCGUUGCUCGCGAAUUCUUGAUGUUUCUAUGGACGAAAUUCAGAGAAAUUUUGACAUGGAAGCAUCUGAGGCCUUAAAGAAGCCCUCAAAUUAUGCCAGAAAUUUCUUAGAGUACUGCUGUUUCAGGGCAUUGGCUGUAAUGACUCAAGUUGCAGGCCAUCCUGCUGAUCCAAAGUUUCGGCGCCUUACAUUUGAUAUGAUGUUGGCAUGGGAAGCUCCCUCCGCGGCAAGCCCACCCUCACCCAGGGUGUCUAAUGACAACACUGUUGGUUUAGAUGCAUUUUUGCGCAUCGCCCCUGCUACACCCAUUAUUGCAGAUAUAAUUACAUGUUCCAAUAUCUUUGACGUGCUUGCGAAUCCAAGUAGUGGCCGGCUUUCAUUUGCAGCCUAUGAGAAGUACCUUGGUGGUUUAGACAGAGCAAUAAAAAAAAUGAAAUCUCAAACUGAGUCAUCUCUUCUUAACGCUGUUCGUUCAGAAAGGGGAGAGAAGGUCCUUGAGAUAGAUGGAACCUUGACGAGCCAACCUGUUCUUGAACAUAUAGGCAUUUCAACAUGGCCCGGAAGAUUAACAUUAACUGACCAUUCUCUAUAUUUUGAGGCAUUAAAAGUUGUAACUUAUGACAAAACAAAGAUAUAUGACCUUUCUGCUGAUUUAAAACAAGUUGUUAAGCCUGAGCUAACUGGGCCUUGGGGUUCACGCCUUUUUGACAAGGCAGUCUUGUAUAAGUCUGUAUCCACGCCAGAACCAAUUAUCAUGGAGUUUCCUGAGCUAACAGGCCAUUCUCGCCGGGACUAUUGGUUAGCUAUCAUUCGAGAAAUUCUCUAUGCUCAUAGAUUUAUUAGAAAAAUCCAGAUAGUGGGUGUUGACAAAGAAGAAACACUUUCAAAGGCCGUACUCGGAAUUCUUCGAUUACAAGCCAUUCAGGAAAUGUGCUCUUCAGUCCCUGUUCGCUACGAGUCACUUCUCAUGUUUAACCUUGCUGAUCAGCUUCCAGGUGGUGAUCUAAUAUUGGAAACCCUUGCUAACAUGAUUAUUUCGAAGAGUUUAUAUCGGACUGAUGGAUCGAGACCGGCAUCUGGAAUGUAUUCAAUUUCUGCUUUGGCAAUUUUAUCUAAUUUAGGGGUUGUAUCUCAUGUUGCAAGUGACGAGAAACUUCUGGUGGGAGAUAUUGUGGUCGGAGAGAUGACCGACUUGGAAAAAGUUGUAACGGAAUCUAGACAUAACUUCAAAAUGGUCGAAGAAGCCCAAGCCACAGUUGAUGGAGUUAAAGUGGAUGGUAUCGAUACGAAUUUGGCAGUGAUGAAGGAAUUGCUGUAUCCUGUUAUAGAAACUGGAAACAUGCUAUCGCGUUUAGCUAAAUGGGAAGAUCCGCUCAGGUCCCUGCUGUUCUGUUUAAUCUUUAGCUUUAUUAUUUGCAGGGGAUGGCUGGCCUAUGUAUUUGUGGCACUGUUGCUUUUUAUGGCAGUUUUUAUGCUGCUUACCAGAUUUUACAAUCGAGGAAGGCCUAUCGAGGCGGUCAAGGUGAAGGCUCCCCCAGCAAUGAAUGCCAUGGAACAGCUCUUGGCCGUUCAGAGUGCUAUUUCUCAGGUCGAGGAGCUUGUGCAAGAUGGAAAUGUAGUUCUACUGAAGUUACGAGCUCUACUGCUCGCUAUCCCUUCUCAGGCAACCGAUAGAGUUAUAGUGAUAUUGAUUCUGGCAGCUCUCCCUCUUAUUUUACUCCCAACCAAGCUCUUCCUUCUGUUCACAUUUCUGGAGAUUUUCACAAGAUACUCCCCUCCCAGGAGGCCCAGCACAGAGAAAUGGACCAGAAGAUUAAGAGAAUGGUGGUUCGGCAUACCUGCUGCUCCUGUUCUCCUUGAAAGAGACAAAGAAGAUAAAAAGAAAAGGUAAUUAUCUUGUAUUCCCUUCCACACUUUCUCUCACUACUGUAAAUAUGAAAUGAUAUUCUCUCUUGUUUGAAAAAAAAAAAAGUAAUAUUGCAAAGAAUAUGAGAAUGGGAGUUUUGUUGAGUUAUUGAAAUGCUAGAAUGGUUUGAAUGAGGAAGGAAAUUUCUUGUUUUCAGUGAUCCCCAUGAUCACUACGUAGUAGCAUCAUUUGAUGGGUUACUUUUGUCAAUGUGAAUUCUAAAUUCUUUGAAUUUAUAUUGAAAUGAUGCAAUAUGAUGGUUGAUUGAUUGAA